AUUUAAUUUGCUCGGUCUCAGUGAGCCGGCAGCCUCCCUUCCAUCUCCGUCUGUGCAACCAUCUCCCCUCCCUACGUCUUCUCUUCCGAUCGGAUCUUAAAGCAGUUUUUGUUUCACUUUUCCCCCCCGCGCUCAACCUUUUCCCAACCGGCAUCAUGACUGACGCGGCUAUUUCUUUCAUGAAAGAUUUCUUGGCGGGCGGCGUGGCAGCCGCGAUCUCCAAGACAGCGGUAGCCCCCAUCGAGAGAGUCAAGUUGCUUCUUCAGGUGCAACAUGCGAGUAUGCAGAUCACAGCAGACAAGCAAUACAAGGGCAUCAUGGACUGUGUGGUCCGCAUCCCUCGAGAGCAAGGUUUCCUGUCCUUCUGGCGUGGCAACUUGGCCAACGUUAUCAGAUACUUCCCCACACAGGCCCUCAACUUUGCUUUCAAAGACAAAUACAAGCAGGUCUUCCUGGGUGGCGUCGACAAAAGAACCCAGUUCUGGCGUUACUUUGCUGGAAACUUGGCAUCUGGUGGUGCUGCUGGUGCUACCUCUCUGUGCUUUGUCUACCCUCUCGACUUCGCCCGAACCCGUCUGGCGGCUGAUGUGGGAAAAGCUGGGGCUGAGCGUGAAUUCAAGGGGCUUGGAGACUGCCUGGUCAAAAUCUUCAAGUCGGACGGCCUUCGGGGACUCUACCAAGGCUUCAACGUCUCUGUCCAAGGCAUCAUUAUCUACAGAGCCGCUUAUUUUGGUAUCUACGAUACUGCAAAAGGGAUGCUUCCGGAUCCAAAGAACACACACAUCUUGAUCAGCUGGAUGAUUGCUCAGUCGGUUACUGCUGUUGCUGGCCUGACCUCUUAUCCCUUUGAUACAGUUCGGCGGCGUAUGAUGAUGCAAUCUGGUCGCAGAGGUGCUGACAUCAUGUACUCUGGUACAAUUGAUUGCUGGAAGAAGAUUGCCCGUGACGAAGGAGGCAAGGCUUUCUUCAAGGGUGCUUGGUCCAACGUCCUCAGAGGAAUGGGUGGUGCUUUUGUCCUAGUCUUGUACGACGAAAUCAAGAAAUACACAUAAGCUACUCCCCUCCCGGAUGGCACUUACUAUGUUACGUUCAUGGACUGCGUCAAAACUAUUUAUCAGUUCCUACUGAGGUUUCUACUGGUUGGCAGAGGGCCACAGUUCUGCUUGCCUGAUCCAUUUAUCAAGUUGUUCCCCUGACAAUGGGACUCAAACUUUAUUUUUGUUCAGUUACUGCUGUUAAAAUAAGUUUGAGAUAAAUAAAAUUUAAA